AUGGCACCGCCUCCUGUUCCAAUUGCGGUAAUUGGGGUUGGCUGUCGCUUACCAGGAGCUGUGAAAGAUCCAGAGAGUUUCUGGACUCUUCUAACAGAAGGUCGCACUACUUGGAAGGACGUACCGGAUGCGCGAUUCCGAUGGGAAUCAUUCCAUCAUCCAAGUCGUGAAUCACUUGCAGCUUAUAACCACCGUGGUGGUCAUUUCAUUGAAGAGGACAUUACCGCCUUUGACGCGAAGUUUUUUGGAAUAUCGGCCUUGGAGGCAGAGGCUAUUGAUCCACAGCAGCGUCUCGCGCUUGAGGUCGCAUACGAGGCACUAGAGAAUGCGGGCCUCCCUAUGAAGAAGGUCGCUGGAAGUGACACUGCGGUGUACAUGGCAACAUUUACACAUGAUUAUGAAAAUCUUAUGUACAAAGACACAACACUCAUGCCUCACUACGGAAUGACUGGAGUGGGGAGUGCGAUUAUUUCUAAUCGCAUUUCAUAUUUCUUUGACCUCCACGGUCCCUCUGUGACGAUUGAUACUGGCUGCUCUGGAAGUCUUGUUGCACUCCAUAAUGCAUGUCAGAGCCUUCAAUUGGAGGAAACUGGAAUGGCUCUUGUUGGUGGUACAAAUCUCAUUUUAAGCCCAGAUACGAUGAUCCCGAUGCAUAAACUUCAUUUCCUUAACGCAGAAGGUCGCUGCUUUACAUUCGACGAACAAGGUGCUGGAUAUGGACGAGGUGAAGGAGUCGUUGUCAUUGCACUCAAGCGUUUAGAAGACGCACUAUCAUGCGGAGACCCAAUUCAGGGGGUUAUACGCGCCACAGCUGUUGGACAAGACGGCAGGACGAGAGGAAUCACAUCGCCCAACUUGGAAGCGCAAAAAUCGUUAAUUGCCACUGUAUAUCAACGUGCUCAACUCAAUCCUCAUGAAACUGGAUAUGUAGAAGCGCAUGGUACUGGAACAGUGAAAGGGGACCUGGUUGAGCUCGAAGCCCUUCACGGUGCAUUUACUUCACCCUCACGAAAUACUAAGCUCCAGGUGGGCUCAGUAAAAUCGAACCUUGGUCACACGGAGAGCAGUAGUGGUCUUGCUGGGCUUCUGAAAGCACUGUUGGUCCUGAAAAAGGGCAUGAUACCCCCAACUCCAAGUGUGAAAAAUCUCCGAUCGAAGCUGCUUCCAUUCAUGGAUGGGAUUAACAUCCCAACAACUCUGAUCUCAUGGCCUGAUAAUUCAGUUCGUCGCGCGAGCGUGAAUUCCUUUGCAUAUGGUGGAACAAACGCCCAUGUCAUUCUUGAUCCUGCUCCCGAGGAUAAGAAAGGAGAGCUUUUUCAGUCCAAUUUUCCGCAUUCCGAGGAGGGAAAUUCAAGAGAGAUUAUGGGGCCUUCUACCGGCCGGAAUGGUGUCCUGCCAGUGCCCAGGCUACACAUUCUGACAGCGAUGUCAGAAGGUGCAUUACGAUUGAAUAUAAACAAACUUCGUUUUUGGCUCCAGUCUCAGGAUCCAUCCGCAAUAUCAAUUGAGAAUCUUGCGUAUACCCUUACUCAUCGAAGGAGUCUGAUGCAAUGGCGAUAUACGUUUAUUGCGGCUUCCAAGGCUGAAUGUCUUGAACAGUUUGAGGAUAAAAGAAAGAUUUCACAAAUCGUGGAGCAGCAAAAAGUUGUCUUUCUGUUUACCGGACAGGGUGCACAAUGGUUUGGAAUGGCAAGGGAGCUAUUGACCCUGAAAAGGUUCCGGGACUCGCUGGAUAUAUCUCAAUCUGUAUUGGCUGCCUUGGGCUGCUCGUGGAACCUCCAAGAAGAGUUAUCUCGAAACGAGAUUGACUCAAACAUUGCAACUAGUAAGAUUGGCCAGCCUUGCACCACUGCAAUUCAGAUAGCACUGGUUGAUACACUACGGUGGUUGGGUAUUCAACCUUCUGCAGUACUUGGUCAUUCUAGUGGUGAGAUAGCAGCUGCUUAUACAGUUGGAGCUCUUACCCAACAGACUGCAUUGGCAGUCUCCUACCACCGUGGCUUGCUAACGGCCAAGAUGAGAGAUGCUAUGGGUCAUGACGGUGCGAUGAUGGCCGUUGGUAUGGGACCAGAAUGUAUACAACCAUAUCUCAACAUGGUUACUGAGGGGCAACUGGACAUUGCUUGUUCAAAUAGCCCUUCCAAUGUGACAAUUUCUGGGAACCGGAUCAGUAUCAAUCAGCUCCAUGAGAUUCUCCAGGGGUUGAGCCCCCCCUAUUUAUUCAGUCAAGCUCAAGGUUGA